CGUGCGUUUGCAGCGAGAUCGGUGACGCGUUUCUGCUCAUCGAGGAGCCUCGCCGACUCCCUCCGCCGCCCGCGUGCAUCCCUCCGCCGGCCCCACCCCUGCCGCUCUUCUGCCCGACUCCCUCAGGGUAUUUUUAGCGCCGGUGAUGAUGAUGUGCCCUGUCAAACCACGUAACGGAAACAACCUCGGCGCUAGGAAGCAGAGUCGAUGUGAAGAGCCCGCGUCGCUCCGUUUUUUGAGUGAGAUCUGCAGGCGGAGGAGAUGCGUUUUGAAAUGAAUUUGGCGUUUUGCGUGUUGGUGUUGGUGGUGCUUACCAGCUCAUCGCAGGCAAGAGGUCAGAGCACUCUGCCUCCUGUCCUCACCCUGACUGCCUUCCCAAGUAAUGCUGGAAGCCUGACAGGGGAUCCUGGGAAUGAGGUUUUACAGAAGACUCACAGCGCGGAUGAAAGCUCAACUGCAACCACUACCAUUACCAAGACCGAAGGGACAGUCCAUUCAGAGGCUGCGACAAAUGCAGUAUAUGUAACGCAGUCUACGGUGGCUACAUCUCAACACAUGACUGUACCCGUCGUCAUGACUGCUCCUUCACCUUCAGCUGCUGCAGACAACCUUUCAUCUGCACCGCCUGUGCAGAGCACCACCCCUCCACAGCACAUCUCAACCACUGAUGGCAGAGCCACUGUGACCACAGAUCCCUUCGCCACCUUUUCAUCUCAGCCAGCCCCCACAGUGCAGGAUACAGGCUCCACAGCCCUCGCCUCCACCCUCCAGCCACAGUCUGAAUCAUGGACCACAGCCUCCACACAGCCGACAACCCCAGGACAUCCUCUGACCUCCUCUCCCGGCCGGGGUCCUGCUGGGCCAACAUACCAGGAGGUCCCAUCCGAGCUCAAUGUUGGAGAUGAAGACCUCAAGGGGCCCCACUACCGCUCAAGCUCCCCUCUAGACCCCCUGCUGGCUGGCCUGCUGUCAGUGUUCAUCGUCACCACUGCUAUUGUCUUUGUCAUCCUCUUCCUCAAGUUCCGCCAGCGGACAAACCACCCAGAGUUCCAUCGGCUUCAGGAUCUACCCAUGGAUGAUUUGAUGGAGGACACGCCCCUUUCCAGGUACACCUACUGAUGGACUCCUCCUCAGUCACUUCUACUACUCAGAGAACAGAAGUCAAAGCAGACACCAAAGGAAGACCAGUGUGGAUCUCAGAGAAGACUUUGCCUGGAUGCAGCUGCAUCUCUGCAGACGAGUUUUGGGUCAGUGGUAGAAAAUAUAUAUUUAUCUGUGGUUCCAUGAGGAGGAUCCAUAAAGUCUUUUAAAUGGGAGGUUUCAGAAGCACUUUUUUCCACAUUCCCUUUAAAGUUCGAGAGAUAUUCAGCGUAGUGGAGACUAUUUGUUUGUGCCUCUGCACCCCUGACUUUCUCCCAUGUAUGCACAGUGCUUUGUGGCAUGAAUGGUCACAGUGCCCCCUUCUGGACAUCUGAGGUAAUGUGGAUCAAGGUUGCAUGAAGUCCUCCAAUGUAAGACAACCUCAGGUUAUCCAGGGAGAAGUAAGAGAGCGAGAGACACAUGGGAAAGCUGCCAACAUGCCUAAAAUAUUUAAGGAAUAUAAAUUACGAUCCCUUAGGUGACCAAAUAUGAGUGAAGUGCACUUUCGUACCAAACUGCCAGGUUGAUUGUGUUGUCUUAAAGCUGAGGUCUUGCCGAGGUCUUGAUUAUACAAUUCAAAAGCCAUAUCUUUGGAAAAACAGACAAAAUAUCCUACAGUAGAAGCCACACCUCAUUCAGUUGCUCAACAUUAUUAUUUAACUUACCUCAAAUUAUACGUGGAAAAUAUUAUUGUUGCAGCCUUUAAUGUGAAGUUACACAUUUAAUGGAACUUUUAUCAUCAUGGUCUAAUUCUGGUCUUUAAUCUUGAAUUUGGCUUUUCUGUUUCCAAUGAAUAAUGUUUAAUCCUCCAAUGCACACUGAGAAGAGACCUCGCUACGCUAAAUAAACACUUUUAAUAGGAGCAGUUUGUAAAGGUAAAACACAGUAUUAUUGUUAAAUGAGUUGUAAAGUACAUAUUUAUAAAUGUAUGUUUCUGCACAAGGUGUUUGUUCAAAUGCUUAGAGUGGAGCCAAUGAGAAGAGGUGCAGUUUAGAGUGUGGUUACCUGUAUCUGUAUUAGCUGGAGUAUUAUGCAAAUGUGAUGGAACUAAGCUGUUGUAUCACAGUUUUUAGCUAAGGUGUGUUCUGAGCUACUUUACUGUUAAGUGCCAACAGUGAUGUAUGAUUAAAUAUGCCAUUGAAA